AUGUUCUCCGUGCAGUUCACAUUCCGUCCAGUUCCACGACGGGCUUCACAAUCACUCACUCACACACCACGUACCACACACACAACCACGUCCUCCUUCAUGUUACAACAUCGUGUGUUGCUGCUGCUGCCAUACAACAACCUUCUUGUAACCCUGUACACAACACCAUGGGGCUCGGCAACGUCACAAGCUGCCGUCUUGUGAGCCACCAGUGACGGCGGGGGGUGUCUGCUUCUGAGCGAGGUUCGCCGCUCCGUGCGAUUAGGCAGGAGACGGCACUUUCAGCAGAAAUCGGAGCGAUAUUAUGACCGUAGCGGCCUCGGCUACGGAUGAGGCCACUCUCAAGGCCGACGUUAUGGCGUUCAAUGGCACGGACCCGAGCGAGGAUACCCCGGCAGGCACGGGCGGCAGCUACGGCGCCGUCUUCCUCGUGCCGGCGUUCAUCCUCGUGGGGUUGCUCGGCAUCCUCGUGUGCCACAUCCUCAAGAAGAAGGGGUACCGCUGCACGUCCACGCCCGAGCCAGGGACCUCGCACGAGGACCUCAAGGAUGCCGAAAACGGACACACGUGCGUAAAGGGAGGCUUCGAGGGCCACGAGGACACGGUGGGAGCCAUCGCGAGACUCAUCACAGAGAACCCCGCCAACGCCGAAGCCCUCAAGGAGUUGCAAGCUGAGCAGUGUGAACCGGAAAUGAGCCUUGAGAGCCCCACGUCUCCGGACCAGACGGUGUUGAGCCUGGACGACUCGCACGCCAUGCACAAGCACAGCCACACGAUCCACGGGGUCUCAUCCAACUCGGGCUGCGCUCGCUGCACCAAGGAGUGGCAGGAGGCAGCCGGCAAGGCGCGCAGCCAGAGCCGUAACAAAGGCGGCGCACGGCCGCUGCGGCCUGGAGAGAAGACGGUGCUGGCCGUGGGAAGGUUCCGCGUAAUGAAAAUCCCGGAGCGGGACCGAAAGCAAGGGAUGUCGGAUCAGCGAUCCAGCGUCAUGGACAACAGCACAACGGAAGUGGAGGCCAAGCCCCUGUCACCAACGCGCAUCAAGUGGAAGAAGUCGUGGUCGCCAGGCAAAGACGACACGAUAUCUGACUCAAAGGCCUGAACAGACGUAUACGGACUAUAAUACUUAAUUCUCCUCGUCUACGACUAAUAUCUACAAUAAUAUUGAUCACAGUAAUAAGCAAAAUGCACGCUCUGUAUUACUUUACAAUGGCUAUUUUUCAAUUUCCUGAGCAGCGUGGUUCUCAGUUGUGAAAGAACACGUUCAAAUUCCAGCCAGGGUCAACCCAGAUCCAUCACUAAUGUCAUCAUCAUCAUUACGACCACCGUCAUCAUCAACGUCCUUGUUAUUGCCUCUCCAUGGUUGUUAGAAACAAAACCUACACCUAAUGAGACUGCACCACUUGUUGUGAAGUCAACCUGUGGCCGUCCCGUGGAAAGACUGGUCCCUGUCAAUGAAACGUGAAAUUUCCACCACCACAGGCUCAAGACCACCAGCCGUCGUGGAUAAGGAACCACCCCAUACACGGGAAUUCUUUGAUGGGCUGGCAUGACCACAACAAAGUGGCGUGUUGUUGUAGUCGCAUUAUAAUUAUUACUUGCCUUGACUGUUGAUAUGAAAAGCAGAUUGAAGAUUAUGCACAUUUUUUUGGGUUGUAAAGUGGAACAGGAGGAGAAAGAUCCAGAAAAUGGUGGCCAAAUGUUAUAACAUUUUCACCCCAUUGUCUUUCCGCCCCGGCUCCCCCAAUUUUAUAGCUGUUCUAUCGGAGCUACGUCUUGAGACGAAUAAUCAAUUUGGAUUUCUCUCAGAGCAGUGCAGACCUUGCUGUUAAGAGGAUCGCCCACUCAAGCAGAUAUGAAAGAACUACCUCUUAAAUCCAUUUAAGUGACCUAUGAUCUACAAAUUAGGGGGUUUCACUUUUGCCACCCACUCUUGCCACCAGAGAGCAAUGCUCGUCGCAUGAUAGUCAAAUCGAUCAAAUUAAGUGCAAGGCCAAAUUAUUUUGCGUGACAAUUUUUUGUUGUGUACUCAUUAGUGGACUGGGCAUGAGAACCAUUGAUGAAUUUACACUUGAGAAACCCGAUUUAUUCAAAGGCCUGGAUUCGAACCUAGGAAAUCAACUGCACCCAGCACCAGGGCUCUGGUCUUUUGAGCCACCACCUCCGCCACCUCAUUGCCUUUCACACACGGCAGAAACAGGAGGGUCGUCUUAGUCGUAGAAACUUUCUAGAGGAAGAGUUGAGCGCGAGUGGGCAACGUCCUUGACGUGUCGUCGUUAGCGUUGGCUCGUUCUGCCACUUUAUUCCGUAAAAUUCCACGCAGUUACGCCAUUGUUUUGUGUUGCUCGUUUUAAGCCUAGUCAGGUGCCAAAUUCCUUUGACCAGCUAUGUACAGCUCUGUAUCAUAUAGAGUUUUGUUUUGCUUUAAUAUGCAGCUUUGAAUUUGUAUUCUGUAGAUUUACAACUCACACACUGUAUAGUGCUCAUUUUAAAAGUGGUAAGUUGACAUGACACCAUGUUUGUUUGAAAUAAUUUUUUGUUAAGUACAUGAAUUAGUGUUUUUCUUUCUUUUUAGCUUUCUUAGUGUCAAUACUUAAGAGCAAAAAAAAUAUUUCCUAAGAAAACGGACAGAAAAUCCAAAUAACUUUGUGUUGAUGCAAAAUUGUUUAAAUAUGGUAAUCAUAUACAUUUAUGCAUGAAUUUCGUUUUUUCCCUUCUCUAUAAUCUAUUUGCUCGUACAGGGCUGCUUGCUGUCAUUACACGUGAAUGGCUGUGGAUCCUACAUUCCCUUGUGGGUCUUACUCCUUAGACCGUAUAGAGUGACAUUUUAUUGAGUUGUAUAAGUGGCCUCAAUGCUUUGUUCUCGAGCUCUGUAAGUGAGCUCAACCAUGUCAACAUCCACACCUACAUCGCAUCUGUAGUCUCCUGUUUUCUGGCAACGGUGAUAUGUCUGGUUAAGAUUUGUAGUUGCAGUCUUGAACGUGUUGAUGAAAAUCGUGACGAAAAGCGAAAAUGUGAAAUUCAUGUUACACUUCCAUUCAGCAGAAUUAUUUUGAUAUAUUUAUUGCAUGAGGAUAAUGCCAUUCGGCAAAAACAAAUCACUCGAACUUUCGUGCACAUGAUUAUAUGAAAAUAGAUGUAUGGCAAUAAACAAAAGCAUUGCAUUUUAAUUGUCUUAAGAGCUUACGAAGCACAAUAUUAAAAACAAAAUUAUUGUCUAUAAAAUGACACCAUUUUCAUUCAAAAGUCACAAUGCGGCAUAUAGGGUAUCGAGUUUCUAAAGCCAAUGGUUUUUUGUUAUAAUGAACUUGAUGGGGAAUUGAUUAUAAUUUAUGUUGUACUUGUAAUGAAACCAUCCAUGUGAUGACAUCGCACCGUGUUUUAUUAUUUCUGUCCUGAAAUAUGCACUGGCAUCGUUCUUAACCCUGUUACUAUGACGUUCCGACUGGAUUGCCUGUCGCUUAGGGGUCAAAUCAAGGCGUUUCCACGUACGUUGGAUUCUUGGCUGCAAUUUUUUACAAGGUGGACCAGACAGAUUGAAGCCAAUCAAUGACAAUCGAAUGCCUGUCCUCGCAAACUGAAUUUCCACCUUCACGUUAUAACGGAUUUAUUUUCGAUGAAACGGCUAACGUACCAUUGGCUUCAGACCAUUUAUUUUUUCACAACGCUGGUAGUUGCUUCUGGUUCGGUGUAUUUUUGUCGCUGAAAUUACAGCACCGUAUAAAUUCCAGGCCUUGCGCCACCGCUGUCUUGACUGUUUUGGCCGUAGGAGCCGAAAUUACGAAGACAAUCUUGAAACCAAAUCCAUUUAGAUGAAACCCGCUUUAUACGUCGCAAUUAAGCUCACGUAUUAAGUCAUGCUUAACAACAGUGCUGCGGCUUUUGGGUGUUAAAAUCUCAGUUUGCGUCUGUGUGGGUGCAAGAAUUAUCCAUGCCGAGGGAGUCGCCCUUCUAGACACAGGACUGCGACAUUCACUGCUGGUGAAAAGGACCUCAACUGCAGGAAGCUCUCGAGAGCUCCUCUUAAGGGUAUCUUGGGCCACCUUUUCGCGCUGGCCAAUACAUCCACAGCCUGCUGAUCGAAUAACUGUAGGAGUGUGCCCCCAUUCAUACUGUCGGGUGUACAGAGGCGGGCGGAUUGAAAAAAACUGCCCGUAGGUUCAUCAUGCCAUGAUUAACAAGGCCACAAAUGGCAGCGCUGCAAUGUUCUGUAUCAAUCAACUUUCUGACGUUUCCUUCCGCAGUAAAUACUUAACUUCUUCUCUUAUAUUGACAAACAUACUUACCAUUUAGGUGUGUAUAUACAUUUGUCCGUCAUGGAUUAAACACUUUACAUGUGUGUGUUGGAGCAAGACUGUUCUGUGUUUGUGGGGUCUAUAGAGUCAUAUACUGUAUAUGUUUUGCACCAUGUUGAGUCGGGGUGCAACGAAUCAUCGCCCCACCUUCGAAACUCGAGAUUUGAUUCAAGAAUACAUUUUUUGUAUCCAAUGCGUUGAAUGUAGCGGCCUUUUAGUGACUGCAAGGGGUCACGUCGUCAAAUCCAUUCUGGACACUUUCUCAAAAACAGCGAUUCUAGACGGGUGCAUCGUUGAGUUUACGAUUCGAUAUUAAUCGAUGAAAUUGACGCAAAGUUGCACACCCGUAACGCUUAAAGAACACGUCAUUGGAUACGUCGCUCAAUAUAAUGCAUCGCACACUACAGCAUCGUAUCUUCACGGCCUCCAACGUUGAAUGUGGAAUAUCUCUGACGAGUGGCUGUGAUACGUGUUAACCUAAAUGCACUACCGUAAUUUCUUUGCCUACUUUUUCCAUUGACAUGGCGGUAAUCGCUAACGUAGCCACGUCUGUUUCCCACUAUUCUCACUUGUACCCGCACCCUCUUUCAGCUGGCUGUCAUUUUUGUAUUUGUUUUUUUUUUACAAUUGUAUAUUUUCUGCAGUGUAAUACUUUAAUUGAACGUUACCCUGUUUGGAUGAUGGCGGGAUGAUUGAUUUAGAAUUAUUGUGCUUCCAUUUCGACGUGUAUAGUGUACUGCUUCAUAUGUAUCCCUCGAUUUACGAAAGGAUGCGUUCUUUAAAAAAAAAACGUGUAAAAACGUAAAUUUCGUAAAUAAUUUUUUUUUCACAUUAAUUGAAUACGAAAAAUUAAGAAUGGGUUUCGGAUAGUCGUUAUAAUUCUGCUCCUGAUAUAAAAACUAUACACAUCACUUUUCACGAUACUAAAAUUAUAAUAAAUAUGAAUACGAUUGAUUUUAAGCUUUCGUGACUGCAGGAAUCCAUACUCUUCGGUUCUUUCGGUAAAGUCACGUAGGCAUAAAAUAAAAUAAAUCACGACGUUUCGGGCGCAACACAAGCGUUCACUUUUUCGGGGCACUCGCUAAAACAUCUGCAUGUUGGAAUUAAUGUCAAAUUGCGUUAACGCAACAUUUCGUAAACCGAACGUUUGUAAUUCGAGGGAUACCUGCACUAAAUAUUGGUGCCAUGAGGCUGGCCACUACCAAUCACAGCUUCUGUGGGAGGAUGGGGGAUGAGGGUUACACUUUCCUAACAGUUCUCUGGCACCGAGUUCACUAUUUAAAAAAUUAACCCGUAAAAACAAAGUUUUUCACUAUAAAUCCUUUAUAUGCGAAUAGGCACACGUUUAUUGUUGUUUGCUUUCGAUUGGUUUACAUUACAUUCCAUGACAGGAGGACCUUGCUGUGUUUUCUGUUUCUUACAAAGAGCAAGACAAUAAAUUACAGUACGUGUUCAAUGGGCCACAACCCAGCCCACAUUGGUCUUUGAAACGGGCGGCUAGAGUCCUCUCGUCCUCUGGCUUGAGAUGGCUGCCACCUAUGGGUCAGAUGAUUGCCUGCCACCAUUAAGCAAUUGGUAAUUAAAUAUAAAAAAAAUUUCUAAAAUGUUGAAAAUUUUGGAAAAAAAAUUUCACGAAAAUAAAUUGUCACGCACAACGAGUCUGUGUGCAAAAUGUCAGCUCGAUUGGAUCACGGAAGUGGGUUAAAAAACGACCGAAAGAUUUGCACGGUCGUAAGCGCGCAAGCAAGUGAACUUAAUAUAAAGGAUUAAACAAAAAAGACAACUCAAUUAAAACUCACUUCUCCGCACAACCCACUGCGCUUGAAGGCAUUUUUACAUCGGGCACACGCGACUGCUGCUCCAAUUGCCGACGACAGAUAGAUGGCUUGCUUUUUGCAAACUCAGCAUAUGGAUUUAUUUUUAGGUAGUUGAGCAGUGUGUUGCGUGUGUGCUGAAUUGUCAACUUUGUCAGACACCGCCGAAUGCACACCGAGCACAAAUAAGUCGGGGACGUCACACGGAAGAGUCGUUAACGAUCCCAUUGCACAGGGUUCGAGCGUAAAUUUUGGGACCAGUUGAAUUGGUCCGACUAAUACACGAGUGCCGUUUUAUAAACAAUGCCAAGAGACGUGAUGAUUUCAUUGCUCUGAUGAUGUCUAUAUUAUACGGUCAUAGCUAUUUUUUUGAAGUAAACUGUGGUUACAA